AUGGCAUCUCUCACGCAACCGAUCAAGCAAUACGAGAUCUUCCAACCCGGGCACUUCCAAACCUCCAAAUUUGAGAUUCGUCAAAAUGGCCAUACCAUCCUUCACACGAAGCGCAAAGACCGUUUCCUCAAGUCACCAGACGUCCACAUCAUGUCGCCGGACGGGACCAUCCUCGCCGCCUGCAUACUUCUGAGUUGGUCGAGAAAUCAGCACCUCUACUUGGGCAGUGAUCCAGACAAUGCCGACAAAUCAAAUUGCACGCUGCUGGAUUGUGAAGGCUUCACGGCUGGGAAGUACAAGUUCUUCUGGCAAGGGCGGGAAUAUGUUUGGAUCAGGACACAUGCAAAGGAGCACGGAGCGAGCAGAUGGAACAACAAGAGCUUCAAGCUCGUCGGUCAAGCCACCGGGCAAGUGCUGUCCGUGUUCAAGUUCAACAGCGCCAUGUUCAAGCACGGAAGACUGGCGGAGAUCGAUUAUUUUGUCGAGUUGGGGCAGCAGCUCGAAUUGAUGUCAAUGGCGGCCAUCUUGGGUAUCGAGCUGCAUAUUGUCCGAUCCCAGCAGGCGGGCAAUGAUGUAGGAAGCAUCGCCGGGAACGUUUCGGGUAUAGUGACAGGUUAG